UUGAAGUCCAUCAAGGGUUGGGACACCAGCGUCCGCACAGAUUGCAGCUACUACGGCAAAGAAAAUAUUUUUUCCCACACAAGAGGUUGACUGUGUGCCUGAUAUCCGUUUUCAGAGCGCGUGGUCUGUCCGUCUUUUUUCGGUCUUGGCUUUUAAGGAUUGCUGUCUUGACACAGCGAAGGGAUUUGCAGAAGAACAUGGUGAUCAAAGUUUACAUAGCAUCGUCCUCCGGAUCGACAUCGAUCAAGAAGCAGCAGCAGGAUGUCAUGGGGUUCCUGGAGGUCAACAAGAUCGCCUUCGAGGAGUGCGACAUCGCCAACAGCGAGGAGAACAGGAAAUGGAUGAGGGAAAACGUCCCGGAAGAUGCCCGACCGACCACAGGGAACCCCCUGCCCCCACAGAUCUUCAACGACGAGGGAUACUGUGGGAACUAUGAGGCCUUUUUUAAUGCCCGGGAGGACAAUGUUCUCUACGCGUUUCUUGGCUUGACCGCUCCCCCUGGGUCAAAGGAGGCAGAAGCUGCUGCCAAAAAAGGACUGCAGUAGCCUAGUCUUCCUCUCUUCUCUUGCACUCCUCCUCCUCCUCCUCCUCCUCCUCCUCAUGUCCACCCCUCCCUCCUUCCCUUCACUGGUACUGCAGCUUUGCCUCCUUUGGAGAACUUAUCCACUCCAGCCUUCAGUGACAAACAGAUCCAGAUGAUCCCUCAGAAGAAAAACAUACUGUUUUGCCCUGCUUUUGUAGUUGGGCAAGCCUUUAUUUGUUCAUAGCAAUCUCAAGCAUCACCUACAAAUAGAUCAGAAAAUCCUAUUUUCAUACACAGUAUAUUUUGCAGCAUUAAUUCAACAUUCAGAGAGUUGAAUUUCUAGUUGGUCCGACUCUCUUAGAGUUGAAUUGAAAUAUACUGUGUAGAUUUCUACAUUGGUCUUUAACAAUCUCAAGUGCUGCUGUGUCUAUUGUUGAACAUAAAUGACUUCUGAAUGUGUUCAUGUAUGUACUUCUGAUGAUAGUCUGUAUAACAGGUAGGCUAAUUAGGUUAUGGGUCAAAGAUGUUUUUUUUUGUGUGGCUCAGGCGUCAGGUGCCGCAACAGCAUCUAAUGCCCAUUCAAUUAAUUAGUAAUUGGUGGUUGAUAUGCUGCAAUGAAUAUGCUUCUUUUAUACUGCCCUACAAUAUCAGAACGCAGUAUCUUGAAAAUGGUCGAAAAUGGGUUUAGACCGGAAAUUGGCUUUAAAAUACCUUCUUUUUCUUGUGUUAAAAUUUUUUGGCCCAACUUGGUCCCGUUUCGGAAAAAAAACGCAAAAAACUGAUUAUACUGCGCUUUUUGGUUUUAGGAGGUUACGUCGUACUAGCCAAGAACGCAGUAUAAUGCGAAUUAUACUGCACUUCUCCAUUGACACCGUGGUUUUGGUGUAGACAGUAAUACCACAACAGAACGCAGUAUAAUGAUUUUUCAGCUAAAAAGUAAUGAGAAUGUUGGUUUUUUUGCUUUUUUCUUGUGUGCAUAAAUUUUCACCAUAAAAAAGUAUUAUAUGGAAGUGUCAUCACCACUUUACCUCCAACACAGUCGCGUGGACAGAAAGGAAACUUUAAAGCCUUUUUUCUCAGUUUGCCAUUUUGAAUUAUACUGCGUUCUGAAAUUGUAGGGCAGUAUAGUCUACUAAACUAAAAACAAAAAUCCACACAAUAGUGGUACUGGCUAUUGUUGCACCGGCCUGACGUGUGCUACUGCUGAAACAUCACUGACCCCAGCUGCAACUUACAUGGAUAGGCCAUUCAUAUUUACAUUUGUCCACCGUCCCUGAUUAUCAGCAUACUUGCUAGCAAUGAAUGUGCAUCUUGAUGAGUUUAUUUGGUCAAAGGACAAUAUUGUCGGAUGUCCAGUAAAAGCAUUUUGUAUGUCAUUCUGUUGACUGUGACACGUUGUAUUGAAGAUACAAGAAAUAGUGCCUCUUUCACAACACUGCGCGAUCCUCUGAAUGUAGCCUACAAAUGAAAAAAAAAAACAUAGUUAAGCCUUUGCUUGCAAUUACACCCCAAGCCUUGCUGUCCGCGGCUGAGCAUUUAAUUAAGUCAAAGGGCUACUAUGAGAAUAAUAUCUAACAGUUUCUCCAGAUUGACAAGCUUAUGCUUACAAUGGAGCCGAUUGCAGUAGUCUUAUUCUUAAUUGUGCUUUUUGUAUGAACAUUUUUUUUGUGCGUCACUGUAUGUCUUAAGUUUUUUGCUUCUUUUAUUUGUACUCUCUUUGUUAUAGUCAAGUGCACAAUUUUCUACUUGAUAGGGAAAUUAGAGAAAAAUAAAUAAAUAAAGGUAGACUGCAAGAAAGACAAAGAACAUGCCAAAAAUGUGUAUGACUAUGUUAUGAAAGGGAGCAGAGAAAUAAACAAUUGUAUUGUGA